GGAAGCCAAGAGUAAUCUGAAAUUUAAUUAUUGUUUAAUUAUUUUUAAAAUAUUUAUAAAAAUGAUUUGAAUAUGUUUUCAAUUUUUAAAAUAUUUCGUCAUUUAUAUAAUUUAAAUUUGCAUUAUAAAAAAAAAACAUUUUACAAGUGCCUAAAAAGAAAUUUUUAUUAGUUUUGUUUACAGAAUUUUUUUUUAGUUAGGAAAAUGUCGUGACUGUUUUACAAUACUUGUAUUCUACUCUUGUCUUUUGCGUCGCAUCACCACUCACAAUUGAGUAUGGGAAUCUUAGCAUCCCUACGCAAGCAGCACCAUAGUUUCCAAAACGGUCAACUACAACCAAACCUCCACUGAAAUCUGGAUAGUAACGUUUGAUGCGUUGCAUCGCGCUUUCUGCUGCUGCUGUGGGCGUCCUACCCGCACGUAAUCCUUCUACCGCCACCAACGCUGGCAAAAACCGCAUCAUUAUAUCACCAUCACCUGUAGCUACAGCUGCACCGAUUUCAUUAUCUGCAUAAGCACCUGCACCAGGUAUGGGAGAGUCCCCAACACGUCCAGGUAUUUUGUGUUUGGCACCAUUAGUAGACGUUCCAGCAUAUAUUUGACUAUUUCUAUCAAUUACAAUCAUGCCAAUGGUGUCAUGAUUCCAGCGUCCAAUUUGGUAUUCAUAGCGAUAAGCUUCUUUUUUGUCCAGAACGUCGAAAGAGAUUGGUUUGUAUGGCCCACAAUUUUUGGUUGGAUUUGGAUAUACGUUUAACCAGUAGUUUGGUUGACAACGAUUUUGACGCCAUGCUUUCCAUAUAUCCAUUGAUUUGUUUGUGGCAAGUGUUUCACGUCGAAAACCCAUUUUCUCAGCAAAGUUACUUGCUGCAUCACCUACCAACAUAGUGUGCUUUGUAUGCUCUAAUACAUGUCGUGCUACACUUAUAGCAUCCUUUAUUUGUCGUAGACCAGCAACUGCUCCGAUGUUCAUGUUGCUGCCAUCCAUAACCAUAGCAUCCAGUGUAGUUUCUCCAUUCUCAUCCGGCGAGCCACCAUAACCGACAGUGCCGUCACAUUGUAGGCGUUCACAAGUGGCACAGCCUUCGAUAAGCGCGUCUAAAGCAUUACCACCUGGUUGCUGAUUCAGUACAAACCAAGCUGCUGUAUUUGCCUCGGUGAACUCCCAUGUAUUGAUAACAAGGGGUAAAGACCUAUUUUUCGUUAUUGGGGUUACCCUUUCAAAAGCUGCUGUUGUAAGUGCGAGAAAGCUAAAAAGUAUUCCAUGGUAUAAAAUGUUAUUGCACAGCAUUUGGAAGAAGCAUUAAACAUAAAACAAUGCAAAAAUUGAUUAUCAACUUUUUUCGUUGAAAUGAAUUUUAUUUCAGAUUUCUGUUUUAUCACUACAGUUGAUCUCAAACUUUUGACAUUUCCGUUUGUAAAUUGCAUUGUAGAUAUUUUCACAAUUACUCCACUAUAGUUACUAUUAGUAAAGACUGUGUAUUUUAUUAAAAUAUAAAUGAUAUCUUAUGUUUGGAUUUAACAAUCAUUUAUAUUUUUUUUAUUUUCUAUUAUUAUUUUUUAUUUACUUAUUUUUUGUUUUUCAAUACAACUCAACAAUUGACUUGCCUUCCAAACGUUUCCUAUUGUAACGGCCUUGAGUUCGAUAUAUUGCGCGUCAGUUCGUACCACACGCCCUUUAAAUUAUUAAUGAAGAAAAGAGAUAGUUAUACCAUACCCAAAUAGUUUGCAAAAGAUAUACAUUUCGCGCCGUUUCAUUUCGUUGCUCGGUCGCCGCUUUGUUUUGCAAGAAGCGCGUUACUGCAUUCAUAAAAUAACACACACAUAAAACUUAGCAAAGCAGUGUAGAAAGCAGAUGAAAAAGUAGCUAAAUUGACGUACAAAAUUUCUUAACAAAUAUUUGGUUUAAAACUAAACAAAUACAAAUAACUAACCAUUAAUCAAAGUGUGUAGUAAUCUUUAAGAAGUAUCGCUAUAUAAUGCCCAUUCAGCUUGAUAAAAUAUUGGCAGAUAUAGCCGAGGAAAAAGUACUACAUCCAAAUUAUCCGCCAGCAGGCAAAAAAGAAAUAGACGAUGCUUGGGCGCGCGUAGGCAAAAAUAAUAAAUUGUCCGUGCAUGAGGCUCGAUCGAUAUUUAAAGUACUCCAAAAGAAAUACGAACAAGAGAAAACGAAACGCACUCCAUCAUGGAAACUAUUUGAUCUAAUGGAGCAAAUACAUCAACCUAUUCAAGAAGAAGAUCCAAAGCAGGACGAUGAUGGUAUGGUGUCUAUGGAGGAAGAUGAAGAAUAUGAGAUGUUAGAAGUACAGGAAGAAGAUGAAUCAACAGCUGCACAAGGAAAAGGGACAGCAGCUACAUCAGAUGGUGAAAGCCCAUCGAAAUCUAUAAAAUCGAGUGGGUCUAAUGAAACAACCCCCGAAAAAGAGGAAAAGCCUUUGAUUAAGCCACAAGCAAAAUUAUCCGCUGCUAAUCAGAGCAAAUCCUCAUCACCAGCAGCAGAGGAAAAGAAGGUGUUGAAUUCCUUAGCUCACUCAUCGCGUCCAUCUUCUAAUACAACAUCUAAUUCCACGCCUACAUCCAACGCAUCAGCCGCAGCUACUGUUGCUGCUUUGCAUAAGAAGGGAAUAACCAUGAAGAAAACAUCAUCAAGCGCAACAGCUGGAAAUACUUACAGUGGUACGACCCGGGUAGGUCAGUCAACAAGUAACAGCGGUCAGCAGAAAAAUUCGACUAUACGAGUAGCUGGUCAAGUUUUGGGUGUCGGCGAGUCUAUACCAUUGCCUGAAUCAAUUAAACGUAAAUUAGUGGAAACACAGCCAGGAUCUCAACCUGCUAAAAAACCAAACAACAACCACUCAAUUACAACAGCUUCAUCAGCCCAGACAUCAACAACAAAUGUUCGAAGUACAUCGACUGCUAGCAGUGCUAACCCUAGCGCAUCUCUACAAGAGAGCUCUCUUGCUUUUAAUGAAUCAACCAUCAAUAUCAAACAAGAGCCUAAUGAUGACGCUAAUCAACCAACGGGUAUUAAUUUAAUUACAAUAACAGGAAAUCCUCGAGUUGAGUUAACGAACGGAGGUGGCGGUCCAUCUUCUUCAACAGCCGCUACAGUAGCUUCCACAUCAACGAAUGGAUAUUCACCACGACUUGAAGAGAUAGACUUUCGUAAUGACAUUAUAUUCGACUCUGGCAAUGGUGCCAUUAAUGGCGCUGUAGGUGGAGCAGUUAAUCAUCCAAAUCAUACAAACGCGACAGGAGGCAUCAUUAAUUUAGGAAAUUUUGACAAUUCACUGCCGCCGACUUUCUUCAAAAAUCUUUGUAAUUCAUCACGACAUGAAGCAUUAGGUCUUUACGUUGCAAACGUUAUGAAUCGUUUACGACCGCGAUCAGCUCAAAAAUUAGAGUUGGGCAUACUACGCGCAAUAAUUGAUGUCCAAAGCGAUGAAUUGGAGCAAUAAGUGAAUAACUUUUGGUUUUAAGACAAAAGAGUAAGCAACACUCUAAUUUCGUUUCUUAAAAGUAUUUUAAACUAUAUUUUGUAUGCUGAUUACGUAUAUAACUAAAUUUGUUAAUAUUGAAAAUGACAUAAACGACGUACAAUUUAAUACACACAUUUUAUACAUACGUUUUUCGAUUAAGCAAAGAACGGACAUUAUUAAAGUUGGAAAAUCUUCAAACCUACUUUGUACGCUAAUAAUACAUACAUAUGAAUGUAUGCAUUUAAAGCCCUUUCUGUAAUUUUUGACAUUUUUUUUAUAAUUAUUCGAAUACAUCGGACAAAAUAUGCCCACGAAAUUUGAAUGCUAUUACAAAUAAAGUAAUUAUAUAUAGUAUAUAAAUA